GUGGCGGUUAUGGCAUGGAGGUGGAUGGGCGCGUGGGUGUGAGAGCGGGGGCAAGCGAAAAAGGAGAGGCAAGCAGCGGGAUGCGCAGUGGCGGGGACGACCGGGUGGCCUUGCUGCGCCGGAGCGAAAGGGGACCAUGCAGGGAGGGAGCCACCAGCUCUAUUUAUGGCGGCGUGCGGCCGGCUGCCUGCUGUGAGGGGGGCGGCAAGACAGUGUCCGUGAAUGUGCUUAUAGGGAGGGGAACGCGGGAGAAGGUUCGGAGAGAAGCUGGGAGUGAUGGAGUGAUGGCUGCAGGGAAAGCGGAAGGGGGAAAAGGAGAUAAGACAAUCUCAGUGAAUGUGCUUGUAGGGAGGGGAACGCCGGAAAGGAUGACAAGAGAAGCCGGUGGAGUGGGAGUGAUGGUCGCAGAUAAGAAGGAUGGGCGUCCAACAGCAGGGGGAAACGGGGAUAAGACGGUCUCUGUGAACGUGCUUGUAGGGAGGGGAACGCCUGAAAAGGCGGGGAGAGAAACAGGGGGAGAGGGAAGGAAGGUAGCAGGGAACGACCAAGGGAGAGCAACGGAGGGUAAGGGACCCAAAUUGGUGUCUGUGAAUGUGCUUAUAGGGAGGGAGAUAGGGGGAACCAGGAUGGAGGCGAGCAAGUGGAAGAGCGGUGAAACAAGUGCGGAGAUGGCGGGCAAGACGCGUGGUGAGAAGCAGAGUUGUAGCGACGGCAGGGGCAGUGAGGGCAAGGGCAGUGAGGGCAGGUGGAGAAGCAGGCAUGCGACAGUCACAGGCGAUGGCAGACAGCGCGAGUUGCAGGCGGGCAGCAGUGGGGGAGUCACCAGUGCUUGCAGCUCUGGCAGCGGUGAUGGGGACAGGAGCGAGAGCGAUGCUUGCAGCAGUGGGCUCGAGAUGCUGGGGGCGAGGAAGGGAGGAGAUAGAACGCGCGAGGGAGAAAGAGGAGGGCGAGAGGGAGAUAAGGACAGGAGCCACGAGAGGGUAAAGACGAGGGGUAUGGACAGAAAUGGUGAGGGCAGGCAAACUGAGUUUGAGGGGGAGAUGAGCGGCUGCAGGAAGAAAUGCAGGGGGGGAGAAAACGAGGGAGAGAGGGACAGAGAAAGGCACCGAGGGUUUGUUGCGGAGAGAAAGUCUGCUGCACGAGAGGGAGAAAGAGCAAUGGACGUAGCAGGAGGAGCAACACAUGGGGCAGAGCAAGGGCGAGCAGCUGUGGGCAAGAGAGCAGGGGAUUUCCCGUCGGCACCGUUGUUUACUGAUCGAUCAACGGCUGCGGUUGCUUCCCUGUCUGCAUAUACAUCAACGGCAACUGUUGCUCCACCUGGCUUCAAUCUGCACCUGACCUCCCAGCCCAUGCUUCUCCGUCUCCCUCCCCCCCUUGCCUCUCCCGCCCCCUUUCCGCUCCUCUGCCUGCCACCACCUGCCAACCCCACAGUACCACCUGCCAACCCCACAGCACCACCUGCCAACCCCACAGCACCACCUGCCAACCCCACAGCACCACCUGCCAAGCCUACAGCACCACCUGCCAAGCCCACAGCACCACCUGCCAACCCCACACCACCACCUGCCAAGCCUACAGCACCACCUGCCAAGCCCACAGCACCACCUGCCAACCCCACAGUACCACCUGCCAACCCCACAGCACCACCUGCCAAGCCUACAGCACCACCUGCCAAGCCUACAGCACCACCUGCCAAGCCCACAGCACCACCUGCCAAGACCACAGCACCACCUGCCAAGCCUACAGCACCACCUGCCAACCCCACAGCACCACCUGCCAAGCCCACAGCACCACCUGCCAAGCCUACAGCACCACCUGCCAACCCCACAGCACCACCUGCCAACUCCACAGCACCACCUGCCAAGCCUACAGCACCACCUGCGAAGCCCACAACACCACCUGCCAACCCCACAGCACCACCUGCCAACCCCACAGCACCACCUGCCAAGCCUACAGCACCACCUGCCAACCCCACAGCACCACCUGCCAACUCCACAGCACCGCCUGCCAAGCCUACAGCACCACCUGCCAAGCCUACAGCACCACCUGCCAACCCCACAGCACCACCUGCCAAGCCCACAUCACCACCUGCCAAGCCUACAGCACCACCUGCCAACCCCACAGCACCACCUGCCAACCCCACAGCACCACCUGCCAACCCCACAGCACCGCCUGCCAAGCCCACAGCACCACCUGCCAAGCCCUGCGUCGUGACGGCCCUAGCUGCAGCAGCGCUCUGCACCCAGGGAAGCACUUCUCCCCCUGCCCUCCCGCCUCCUCUCUCUGCCCUCCCGCCCCCUCUCUCUGCCCUCCCGCCCCCUGUCUCUGCCCUCCCGCCCCCACUCUCUGCCCUCUCGCCCCCUGUCUCUGCCCUCCCGCCCCCUCUCUCUGCCCUCCCGCCUCUUGCCCCCCCAAGGCCAGCGCCUCAAGCCGCUUUAGAACCCCCCACAUCCCAACCUACCACUCAUGAAGCUUCCAAACCGCAUUCCUUGCCUUGGCAAGCCUCCAAACCUUCCAGGCCUGCAGGCUUGGUUGCUUCCUUGGCCCAACCGAGGCUGGUGGUGCUGGCCCUGCCUGCCCCUGGUGGCGUAGAAAUGGGAGGGGGGGGGAGGGCAGGCAGGGGCGAAAGGAGUGUGCGGGGUGAGAGGAGGGUGAGGGGUGGGAGGGUGGUGGUGGGGGUGGAUGGGGCGAGAGGCAGUGCUGCAGAGGGGCAAGGGAGGCGGAGAGAGUUGCCAGUGCGGUUGAAUGAAAGGGUUGGGGGAGAAGGAGGAGUGGAUUCGAGGAGAGGGGGGAGGCGUGGGGAGACGGGGAGGGAGAGGGGGAGUCAGGAGGAAGGGGAGGGUUGGGCAGUGAAGAGGGGGCGUAUGGCACGAGGCAAGGCGGUUAGAGCGAUGCUGGAAGUCUUGCCCAGUGGUAGUGGCGAUGGUGGAGGUGGUGGUGGUGGUGGUGGUGGUGGUGGUGGGAAGGGCAGCAGGAGCAGUGGGGAGAGUGGUGGCAGUGGAGGUAGGGGUGGUGGUGAUGGAAGUGGCUAUGUUGACGGUGGUGGCAGGGGAGCUGUGGCGGCAGGGGCAAGCGAUGGUGCUCGCCGUGGUGACAGCCACGGCUGCAGUAUGGAGGCGGCUGCACGCGCAGAUACUGACGCCGGUCGUGGUGGUGGGAACAGGGAGCCCGUGCGGGGUAGCAGGAGUCAGAGGGCUUCAGGGUGGCGGCUGCAGCACCGUGCACCAGACCUUCGCCCAGAGAGGGAGGGUGAGAGUAGGGGCGGAGACGGAGGCAGAGAGGGAGGCAGAGAGGGAGGCAGGGAGGGAGGCAGAGAGGGAGGCAGAGAGGGAGGCCAUGCGGAGAUUGGGCUUUGCCCCCCACUGAGGAGAAGGCGGCGAGUUGUAACGGGCGGAGAGGCAGGAGGAAAGUGGGGGGAGGGAGCGGAGGAACGCCCGGGAGAGCGGUUGGCUGGGAGCCGCACUGCUGGGUCGCAUGGGAGCAGCUCUAGCAGUGGCUGUGAUGCCAGUAGCUCGGAUGGUUAUGGCUCGGUUGGUGAUACCUCGGUUGGUGAUACCUCGGUUGGUGAUACCUCGGUUGGUGAUACCUCUGAUGGUGAUACCUCUGACGGUGAUACCUCGGAUGCUGCAAGCUCUCAUGGCGGUACCUCUCUUGGCGGUACCUCUGGUGAGGCUAGGUCAGAAGCGUCACAUGAGUGCGGAAGCGAGGAUGGUGAUGCUGCCUGUGGCCAUGGCAGUGGCACUGGGGUGGGCGGUGAAGGGGAGGGCGGCAAGCAUUCUCCCCAGCGCAGGGAGCAGAGAGGGGCGGGCGAGGGAGAGGAGGAGCAGGUGGAGCACGGCGUGAUGGCAGAGCUCGCAUCAAUCAAGGCUCGCCUGGAAGAAGCACUGCUCUCAGUGGAAGCGCUGGCCCAAGCGCGUGUGCUGCUGUGGUACCUGGCCGGUCUUGACAUCUCCCCGCCUCUCCUCCGCCGCUCGGGCCUCCUCUCCUGCAUCGCCUGCCUCGCCUCUCUCCCCAACCCCUCCCCCGUGCCAAUGCCCCAGCCACACCACACCACAUGCCAUGCAUCUGCUGCUGCUUCUUCUGCUGCUGGCGCUUCUGCUGCCGCUGCGGCUCCGUCCCAGCAGUACGGGCAGCAGGCAGGCGGCGCAGAGUGGCAGAAGCAGCAGAGGGGAAAGCACAUGGCUGAGAGGGCGCGGCUGCUGCUGGCGGACCGUGCGAUGGCGCUGCACAGACAGUGGACGGGGGAGGGGUGAUGGCAGCACUGCAGAGUGGGCAGACUGAGGCAGGCAGCUCAGGAGUGUGUCUGCAUGCAUGCAAGGCAACGGCAGUUGAGUGCAGUCCUGCGCGCAAGGCAUUGAGAGAUGCCACAAUCUGGUUAGCAUAUUUAUGAUGGCUCAAUUCAAAUGGAUACUUAUAAUGGUAGGAGUGAUUGUGGUGCAUGAUGCAUACAGCAGAGGAAUGUGAACAAGAGCUAUACCAGUGAGAAGAAGUUAACAUCAUUGUAAAUCAUGACAAUCGCUAGUAUUGUAUGGUGUACCACAUUGUUAU